CGAAUUGCAUGAAGGCGGCGAGUAGUGAGGGCGUCACUAGAGCGACACCCGGAAGCGGCGGUGAAGCAGGAGCGGGCGGUUGUGGAACCAUUCUCAGGGAUGAGUCAGCUGGGUGCCAUAGCAGCUCUAGCUGCCAGCCUGGUGGCAGCUGCUCUUUUUUCUGCAAUACACAAGAUCGAAGAAGGGCACAUUGGCGUUUACUACCGGGGAGGAGCUCUCUUGACUUCCACCAGUGGGCCUGGGUUCCACCUCAUGCUUCCCUUCAUCACCUCUUAUAAAUCAGUGCAGACAACUUUGCAAACAGAUGAAGUAAAGAAUGUUCCGUGUGGUACUAGCGGGGGAGUAAUGAUCUAUUUUGACAGAAUCGAGGUGGUGAAUUUCCUGAUCCAAAGUGCUGUAUAUGAUAUAGUGAAGAACUUCACUGCAGACUAUGACAAAGCUCUCAUCUUCAAUAAGAUUCACCAUGAACUCAAUCAGUUCUGCAGCGUUCACACUCUCCAGGAAGUCUAUAUUGAGUUGUUCGAUCAGAUAGAUGAAAAUUUGAAGCUGGCUCUCCAGCAAGAUCUGACCAGCAUGGCACCUGGCCUCAUCAUACAGGCAGUGCGAGUCACAAAGCCAAAUAUCCCUGAAUCAAUUCGGAAAAAUUAUGAACUAAUGGAGAGCGAGAAGACGAAACUGUUGAUCUCAGCUCAGAAGCAGAAGGUGGUGGAGAAGGAGGCAGAGACGGAGCGCAAGAAGGCUGUCAUUGAGGCUGAAAAAAUAGCACAGGUGGCUGAGAUCACAUAUGGGCAGAAGGUGAUGGAAAAGGAGACUGAGAAGCGCAUCUCCGAGAUUGAAGAUGCUGCUUUUCUCGCCAGAGAGAAGGCUAAAGCAGAUGCUGAAUGUUACACUGCCUUGAAGGUAGCAGAGGCCAACAAGUUGAAACUUACCCCAGAGUACUUGCAGCUGAUGAAAUACAAGGCUGUUGCCUCCAACAGCAAGAUCUAUUUUGGCAAAGACAUUCCCAACAUGUUCAUGGACCACACCGGGACCCCCAGCAAAUCUUCCGAAAUGAAGGCUGAAGAGCUGAGGGACGAAAAACAGCUCGGAGUGGAAGACCAUUUGUGAGUUCAUUGCCAGCCAAAAGGAGCCACUCGACUUCAGUUCAACGUUGUCACAGACUCCUUGCCACUCUCCUCGAUGUGAUUUCUCGGUCUUUGGGAAUGCUGAAGAGAACGUGGGCAAAACCUUUGUGCUCCGAAGGCUGGCUGCAAGUACACAAAGGCGUUUGGUUUCCUCCAGGAUUUCCGGAAUUCUUCUUUCUCAGCAGUCAGAUUCACUGUUGCAUUUCUCCUUGUGCAGAGUGAGAAGAUGACCACAGAUGCCACUCAAGGGUCUGCAGAGUUCCUCCUCUUUGGUUGCCUCUGCAGCCUGCUUCAAUCAAAUGAGCACCUUCAGUUUCAUUCCGGGGGGUGGGGGUGGGUGGAGAUGGUUAGGAAUUGGAGCCAGAGAAACUUUCCCUGGUCAAAAGCUGUGGUGUCCCUUUGCCCACCACAGAUAUAGUCCAAUAGGCAAGUAAUCAUGUUUCCAGUAAGUUCAGGCAUUUUCUGUCUCUGCUUGACUGGGCUUAGAGGGCCUUGCAGCUCAUUUUGUAUAAAGCACCAGACUGUAGGUUUAACUGCCAUGUGCUGUUCUUGAAUGAUUGAACACUUGGGUCUCACCUGUAGCAUACGUUGCUAACAUAUAUGCCCAUCUCCAGAAAGGUGCUACGUUCCAGAUUUAAAACACAGCUACACUACAAAGCCCAGACUUGGCUCAGAGAUUCAUAGCAUUAAAUAGCCGUGCACUAAGAGCUCGUCCAAAUGGUGCUUAUUUCUCAGAUGCAUAGUGUGUCUGAAGACCACAGACCUUCUGUCUGCUUCCACUUUCCUUCUCUUCCUAGCACACACAACUGAUGCGGGACAGUUGGAAAAACUAGUGUUGAGGCGGGGCACAGACCCUUGUCUUCACAGUAAUGAUUUUUGUCUCCAAGGGGGAAAAGUUGCCAUUUUCUCCCCCUCCCCCCCAAGGAUAUACCUUCUACAUUUGAGCACAGAAGUCUGUACACCUAGGCAGCUGGAUGGAUGUGCCCUUUGUGGGCUACCAAGCAUUGCAUGAAACUUGAAGCAGGUGAGCUCACGGAUGUCCUGAGUUGCAGCUCUUUCAAAACCAGACCUGCCUGGAAUGCAUUCCACUAUUCAUAGUGGCUUGCCUGGUGCUUGACAGCCCAAAGUUCUAUGUCAAAAAACAAGCAGAUAGCAAAAACAGGACAGUAGUUGGCCACCAUGCAUAGCUGUUUGUUCAUAUGCUGUUCAUGAAAGCUGGGGAUAAUACACUAGCAAUCAGGUUGUGUUUCUUCUGUCACAUGAAGAUCAACAUGGACUAGCAUGCUGCAGUGUCUGUCUAGAGGAAGGUGUUCCUUAGAAUUUAAGGGCUUAGAUUCUGUGCAUUUUUAGAAAGUUUUCAGUGAUGUGAUGAUACUUCUGACAUAAUUUUGGCUCAUAUAGUGUGGCUUUUUGAAGUGGUCCCAUGAGCAGUGUGUGCGAAAAGAAACUUUUUGGACUUUUCGUUUUUCUGGGUGCAGUUUUGUGAGCAGGAUUCAGAUCACGAUGUGACUUCCAAAUCUGUUUCAUCAGUUGCAAAACCAUCUCUCAAGCAAUGCCCCUGUCAGACUGUUAAGUUCCAAGCUAGUUACUGCCAUUGCUGAAGAGUCUGGUUUGAGAUAAGCUGUUCUUAAAUAGUGGACUUGGAAAUUUAGAAAGCUUCUCUGUUUUUCCAGCUACCCAAUGUCAGUCUGUGGUUUAAGCAAAUUCUGUGUAAGUUGAUACAGUAUUCCCAUGUUAUAAAUGCAUGUAUUUGGUAGACCUCAUCUCCAGUCCUCAGAACAGCUGGGCACAGGUACGUUCAAGUGAUAAUCCCUUGAAGGAAAUUAUUGCAUAGCCUUGAUCCUCCUUACUAAAGUUAUCCAAUUGGCUUAGCAAAACUGUUCAUUCUUGCAAUGUGUGCAUCUUUUCCACAAGUAGCUGACAGAUUUUUUUUGGGGGGGGGGGUGUCAGUUAUUCUUAUCUGUUUGCAUCAUGCUUUCAAGUCUUGCAACUUGUGGCGCUAAUGGCAGUAGACCAUAAUCUCUUACUGCUUAAACAGUGCAGAAGUGCCAGGAAGCCAUAAACUGUGAUCCUCAAAAUGGCUUAGUACUUCAAGCUUUUGCCGCUUCAAACUGUGACCUAAUUGGUCUACUACUAAGAAGGAGCAGUGAUAGACAGACAUCACCUGACUUGAGUCUGUACUUUCUCUUUUUGACAAGCAGACAGAUGGGACUUCAGAAUCAUCUUGGCUUCUUACAUCAUAGCUGGAUUAAACCUUGUAUCACAGCGGAUUUAAAUUCAUGCAGAAGACAGUUUUUCCCUCUUUAGCCUAUUAUCUUUGCUUGAGUCAAGGGGUUACAUUGGGUUCUAGAACCUAUGGCUUGAAGGUGCAAAAGUUUUUGCAGUGUGGUUGCCACAUUUGCUGAAUAAAGGAAUGCUUCUCCCAGGUGGCCCGCCUUCAGCCUGUGAAAAAAGGUGGUUCAGUCAGUCUGAUUGGUUACAGUACCGUACACUCACACUACAUUCCUUUGGGGAGUGACGGCACCAGUUCUGCUACUAAGUAAGGCAGAAAAUGGCCACAGGCACCUUUGUAACAUGGAACCAAUAGCGGUGUGACCUGCAGAUGAUCAAAAAAUGUCCCAGAAGCUUUUCCAGAUGUGGAAAUGAAUUUAUUAUAAUGCUGAAUCUCUUCAGCCUUUUUUGUUGUUGUUAUUGUUCAGAAAAUUUGAAAAAAACAUGCCAAAUUCCUUCAAAUUGAAAUCAGUCUUUGGAUUGAUGAUGCUCCCUAUGUUGUAUAUCGCCCUUUUAAGGAAUGAAUUUAGACUUCUUUAAGUAUGCCAUGAUCAGAUCCUACGUGUAUGAAGUCCAGUAAUCUCUUUGUUUUGCAGCCAGGGUAAAAAGUUCUUUGUAGUAUUAUAACUUGAUAACAAACCAGUGUCUGGAUGAAUCUGUUUUAAUCUUCAGUGGAGGGCACACAACUGAAUGCUCAUUUAAGAAAAAAAAAAUCCUUGUUCUUAGAAAACUAGCAUGUCAGGGAAAAUACUGGCCUAAAAUCCUUGGACAUGCUAAUUUUCUUCAAUGCAGGGGAUUUUAUAUAUGGGGAAACAUUCAGUCAAGUGAAGUCCCCGCCUGUACCCUGAAGGGAUGUAGCCUAGACACAGGUUUGCCAUAACAAUCCAGUUGUACGUGAAGUUGUUGAAGUUCGCACACAACAGAGCAGGUGGGAAGGAGAAUCUUAACUGGCACAGCACAGCAAUUUCUUUAUGCAAAUAGCAGCGGGGUCUUUGCCAUAGUGAUAUAUGAACCUUGUUAAGUAAUAACAGUGCUGUGGCCAAUUAGCCUCACAUCCUCUGGGGUCUGUAUAUUAAGAGCUGCUAUUAGGUAUUGCACAGUGCAUGGUGGUGGUUCCGCCUCUUUCUCCAGAGAAAUUUUAUUGAAAUUCCUGCAGGGUCAGUGACUUCUUGAGUGUUAGAAUAUUUUUAAAAAUUCUGAUCACAUAAGUUGGCACAGGAGUACAUUUAAUAACGCCAUAAUAGGAUUUGAGCCUUUCAGCCUUUACAGAAAUAAGAAGGCACUCUCUAUAACAUAAGAAAAUAAGUGCCACUUUUGACUGAAUGGGAAUUAGAUCCCCUUGCUGCUUUCUUUUGUACAUGCCUCUGGUGUUCACACUAGGGCAUGUAUAUCUUCAGUGAACAUUUCCUAGUCUGCUCUGAUACAAAGUGAGCAUGGACUAAUUUCCUGUGAAGCAAUUCCAAGCGCACAGGGAUGGGUCUGAAAAUGCAACAGUAACUUUACCUUUAGACAUUGUCUCUGUAAAAUCAGAGGAUGUACUCCUGUGCUGGAGUGUAUAUGUUGGGAAAGGGGGAGGGGUUGAUAUUCCCAAAAGACUUCCAUCUGUUUUGUUUUGCUUCCCUCCCCUGUCUUCAUCUGCUAGGGAAGACCCUUUUAAUAAUGUGAACAAGUGUUAGCCAUGCAUUCGAUCAUCUGGGAACAAGUCAUCAAAGUGCUAAGUAAGCCUUCAGGAUUGCAUCAGGAAAUAUUUGGAUUCCUCUUGUGGCUUUUCUCUUUCCUUGCUACAUAGUUAUUUUUUCCUCAGAUAUCACACAUCUACCAAAACACAUCAGUAGCUGUGUGACUGCACUGCGUGGCGUGGUAUGAAACGUUCCUUGCAUAGAAUUAAAAAACAGAGUAACUUAGAUUCUAAAAUUGGCCUGUAGCUUCUGUUUGUGUCUUCCUUUCGAACAUUUCAUUCUGAAAUCCACACUGUGUAUAAAUGUCCAAUACUGCAAUAGAAGAAGCAAGCCACUUUUCACACGAAUGCUGUUGGCAAAUAAGAUUGUGCAUGUACAGAAAUGUAAAAAUGGGGUGGGGAAAAAUUCAGACUUGAAGAUUCGGGGAAGGAGGGAUGACAUUUGAUUUUUUUUAACUCCAGGUAAAAUGUUGGUAACGAACAUUAUGGUGGAUAUUUCUUACUCAGAGCUUUUUUUACUAGCAAAAAUUUAAUCCCAGCAAGCCAAAGUGUAUUAUAAUAAUUUUAUGACUUUGAUGUAAAAACCAUGCUUAGAAUGUGUAGUGUUUUUUUUAAUUAUAGCUUUAUUAAACAGAACUUAAACCACUAUUCAGUGAGAGGCAGUCAAUAGAAAUGUGAAAAAAAUACAAAAGGGAGGGAGUGUUCUCCAGACAACUAAAUUCUGUUCAACAUCUUAGGUACAGAGAAUACAGAUUUUUUUUAUGCAGCUGAGCAUUUUAGCAUGAUUACUGCUUCAUUAAGAGGAUUCUUUCUAUUGAGGGCCAAUAGUGGGGGCUCUGAAUAGUUCGUUACAGUUCCUUUGUAUAUUUCCAUUAGUUUUCUUUGAACAAAACACUGAAUUUCCACCUCUUUCUGGAUGCUUUUAAGAAAAAAAUUGAAUGAAUGUCAACGAGAAUCUGUCCUGCAAAUGCACUACUAUGUACUGAUCUCUUGGGUUGUUUUUUUUUUUUGUUAAGCUGUCGAUAUCUGAUUAAACCACCCUAUCAGUUUUGAUUAUUUAUUAUAAUGACUGAAUAAAAUGUUCUCCACUUUUC